GAGGUCUGAAUGUUUAAAGAGCCGGGGUCAGCUGACAGACUCCGGCCGGGGCUGAUUUGGGACUAGGGUCUCCGCUGCUGUGGAGAGAUAUGACAAGGGAACAACCGGACACAGAGAUCCGGGGCAGACCCGGGAGACCGCGUAUGCCGGGCUCCAGAGAAGGUUGUGGGUUUCGGCUGUUUGCCGGGUUCUUCCAGCUGCUGUUGUCCCUGACAGUAUUGGAGGCUGGGGCUAAGAAUGACUUCAGUCUGGUACAACCAAUAGUGACAAUGGAACAGCUCUUAUGGGUGAGUGGGAGGCAAAUCGGCUCAGUGGACACCUUCCGCAUUCCGCUCAUCACAGCCACUCCUCAGGGGACUCUUCUCGCUUUUGCUGAGGCCAGAAAAAAGUCUGCAUCUGAUGAGGGGGCCAAGUUCAUUGCUCUGCGAAGGUCCACGGACCAGGGUAGCACAUGGUCUUCCACAAAAUUCAUUAUGGAUGAUGGGGAGACAGCUGAUGGGCUGAACCUGGGGGCAGUGGUGAGCGAUGUUGAGACAGGAGUAGUGUUUCUUUUCUACACUCUCUGUGCUCACAAGGUCCACUGUCAGGUGGCCUCUACCAUGUUGAUAUGGAGCAAGGAUGAUGGCAUUUCCUGGAGCCCACCCCGGAAUCUCUCCCUGGAUAUUGGCACUGAAAUGUUUGCCCCUGGACCAGGCUCUGGCAUUCAGAAACAGCGUGAGCCUCGGAAGGGCCGGCUUAUCGUGUGUGGCCAUGGCACACUGGAGCGAGAUGGUGUCUUCUGUCUGCUUAGUGAUGACCACGGUGCUUCCUGGCGCUACGGGAGUGGGGUCAGCGGCAUCCCCUAUGGCCAGCCCAAGCGGGAAAAUGAUUUCAACCCUGAUGAAUGCCAGCCCUAUGAGCUCCCAGAUGGUUCAGUCAUCAUUAAUGCCCGGAACCAGAACAACUACCACUGCCACUGCCGGAUUGUCCUCCGCAGCUAUGAUGCCUGUGAUACACUAAGGCCACGGGAUGUGACCUUUGACCCUGAGCUGGUGGACCCUGUGGUAGCUGCAGGAGCAAUAGCUACCAACUCCGGCAUUAUCUUCUUCUCCAAUCCAGCCCAUCCAGAGUUCCGAGUGAACCUGACCCUGCGCUGGAGCUUCAGCAAUGGUACUUCAUGGCAGAAAAAGACUGUCCAGCUAUGGCCAGGGCCCAGUGGCUACUCAUCCUUGGCGGCCCUGGAGAGCAGUGCUGAUGGAGAGGAGCAGGCCCCCCAGCUCUAUGUCCUGUAUGAGAAAGGCCUGAAUCACUACACAGAGAGUAUCGCCAUGGCCAAAGUCAGUGUCUAUGGGACACUCUGAGCUGUGCUCUACCCCAGGGGUAGAAGGUCCUAACUCUGCCUGCAGAACCAUGGAUCUAAGAGAGUCUGCUGGGAGUACCUAAAAGACAGUUCCAUCUUCCUUUGGAUUCUAGCUUUUUUUACAAAAUCAACUUCUUUUUGACAGGGAAAUCACUCCGUUAGGACUAAAAGCCCAGCUUCCUCUCCCACACAGGAAGUUCUGCCCUUACCUGGGGGCACUUCUUUUACAUAUCGCUGGGUAUGGUGUCCCCUUACCCUUUCUGCCCUUCCAGGAUAGUGACUGGUUCUUUUUGUGGGCAGGGCUGGGUUGGCCCAUAGAUUUGAACAAAUGUGAACUCAGGGAACUAGGAGAAGGCUGAGCUUUCUUUUAGGGGUUGGAAUAAAGAGGAUUGUGAAAGUCCCUAGAGGGCAAGAUACUUGGUUUCGGGGUAAGGAACCAGGUGUACCCCACCCUUUGACUAUUUAUGAAUGAAAAUCUUUGUAACUUAACAUUUUUAAUGAAAGAAAAUGAACAUUU